CCGCCCGCCGUUACCAUGGAGACGGGGGAAGCUGCCGCCGCGUCUCAGGGCGCCAUGGAGCAGCCGGAGGAGGCUGACGAGGAGGAGGAGGAGGAGAAGGAGGAGGCCGAGGCCGAGGCGGAGGCCGAGAGCCCCGAAGCGGGCUCGGCGGCGGAGGCGCGGCGGCGGGCGGAGCUGGUAGAGCAGUACCGGGCGCUGCUAGUCGAGCGCGAGCGGCUGCGCCAGGCCACGGCGCGCCAGCAGUUCCGGCUGCGGGAACUGCUGCUGCAGCGCGGGAAGCGGCCGGACGAGCCGCCGCCGCCGCGGACCGAGCCCGACGCCGAGGAGCGCUACGCGCGCUGCCUGGCCGCCCUGCACGACCUGCAGGCCCUCCGCGCGCAGGAAGCCGCCCGGGCCCAGCGCCGCCGGGCCGCCCAGGAGACCGCCUGCGAGGAGGCGCGGGGCCGCGCGCGGGCGGCCGCCGCCGCCUACCGGGCCUGCGUGGCCGAGGCGGCGGCGACGGGCAGGCGGCGGCCGGGCGGGGAGCGGGCCGAGCUGGAGCGCCUGCAGGCCGCCGAGCAGCGCAAGGACGAGGAGAUCAGCCAGGUACGCCUGGAGAACAUCAAGCUGAAGCACAAGAUUGAGCAGCUAGAAGCAAGACUGAAGGCCCAGGAGGAGCUGGCUGAAGGGCUGCACCUCAUUGACUUCGAGCAGUUGAAGAUCGAGAACCAGACCUACAAUGAGAAGGUGGAUGAGCGCAACGAGGAGCUGCUGAAGCUCAGGAAGAAAGUCACCACCACAGUGCAGGUCUUGACACAGCUCAAAGAGAAACUGCAGUUCGUGGAAGCCGAGAACCAGGAGAAGAAGGUCGAGUUGCUGGAGAUCGAGGCAGUGCUGGCACAGAAGAGAGACGUGCUGACCAAAACUAAGCAGGCCAGGGAUCGUUUACGGGCAGACAAUCAGAGGCUGCAGCAGAAGUGCGGCCUGCUGGGGAAUGAGGUGCUGCUGCAGGACUUUGAGAACAAGGUGGAUGCUGCUCAGGUGCUGAAUCAGCAGCUGGAGAACCUGAAACAGCACCAUGCUGGUCUCACCAUUGCCUGCAAGGGAUUCAAGAAAAAAAUUAAGGAAGCCAAAUCCUUUCUAUCGCCGUGAAGAUACCGGAGGGAGGCAAGAUCUUUAGAGACACCAAAACCGGGGGUGGGGGAGACUACAAAUAAAAGUACUGGGAAAUACCAAAUAUAUAUUUUUUUUUGUACAGGCAAAAGAAUAAACUAAAUAUUUUACUGGAAAAUAA